UGUCACCCGAUGAAGCGGAGGGUCCUUUUCUCUAUGAGGAAAAGCGUGUUGCACGUCGGGGUCAAACGCCUUCUCCUCUGAGGAAGUUAAUCCUGCAAGAAGGCGCCUUCUGCUAGCGAGGGUCCGGGCAGGGCACGUUUUAGCGUGGUCUGCUUGAAGGAGACGGCGAGAAAUGAUCAUGGGAGGCAAGACAAGCGCCAUCGCAGCUGGCGUGUGCGGCGCCCUCAUCAUCGGCUACUGCAUUUACUUCGAUAGGAAGAGACGGAGCGACCCCAACUUCAAGAACAGACUGCGGGAGCGUAGGAGAAAGCAGAAACAGGCCAAGGAAAAGGCUGGUCUCUCCAGGCUGCCAGACCUUAAAGAUGGUGAAGCUGUUCAGAAGUUUUUCCUUGAAGAAAUUCAGCUAGGAGAGGAACUGUUGGCUCAAGGUGACUAUGAGAAGGGAGUCGACCACUUGACAAAUGCCAUAGCUGUUUGUGGCCAACCUCAACAAUUACUGCAUGUCCUUCAGCAAACGCUGCCUCCUCCAGUGUUCCAGAUGCUUCUGACCAAACUUCCAACCAUCAGUCAGCGUAUUGUCAGUGCACAGAGUCUGGUGGAAGAUGACAUUGAGUAGGUGGAGAGUGAAAAGCCAUGGUGAUUCUCUCAUCCGCCUGUCCCAGCUCUGUCGGAGCCAGUGGCACAAAGAAGGCAGACCACUUCCUAAGCAGAAGAUGCUAAGUAAAUGACCCUAGUCUCAUGAUCUCUCAAUUUUUUUUUAGGUUCAGUUUUAUUUAUUAUUCUCACUUGCCUGUAUUUUGAUACUAAUACAUUUGUCAAAUGUUCACCCCCUCAAUAGAAGUUGUAUCUGAAAAUCUGACACAGAACUGUAAAAUUGUAUAUAUGAUUGAAAAAAAAAAGAAUUAUGUGACUUUAGUGGUAAUCACUAAUGUGUCUGUGCAUUUAAAAAUCUUGUCUGUCAUUCAAAGAGGUAUCAGUUUCCUUUUUUAAUAAAUAUUAUAACUAUGGUUCCACUUUUUUCUGUUA